AUGUCCCAAGCAGCCCUCGACUUUAGCUAUAGUAUGAUACUCCCCAUACGAUCACGAGUACCGGAGGAUGCGAAUCAAGCGACUGUCGACACUCAAUCUCGCGAAGUAGGCGCUAUCCAGCCCAGCUCAUUGGAUGGAAGCUCGGCUGACAAAGACGGGCACGAAUGGCCCCGACUGCUUGUCAGAGGGGUCUGCAGACGGGCUCGUGGAUGGCAUGACAUCUACUCGUGCUCCGCCGUCGUCACGGAAGGCUCUGGUACGCAAAUAGCCAGCCUCGUGGCGGAAGGUCCCCGCAGCAGCUCACUGUUCACGGCAGGAGAUCAAAGUCUACAAGCGAUACUGACUGAACUGGAGAAUGCCGGUCAUCGCAAGUGUGACGUGCUCGAGGAGAUGAUGGAGGCAGUCAAGGACUUUCUGACCACGGGCCAGAGGUUGGAACGCCGGCAGACUUUCUUCCAAGCGGACGAGUACUAUGCGCCCAAGACGCCGCAGUGGGAGGUUGUCCUUGUGGGAGAGGACGAAGGGCCCUUGACAACCACACUUCGCAUCGAGCUCCGUCGACCGGAACAGCUCGUGGAGAGGGAUCACCUCGCUAUCGCAAGGGCAAAAGGGGUCAUCCGGCGAUUGAUCAGCCUCGGGCCCUCCGCUGCGCUCAGCAGGGAGCGUUUGGGAGUUUUGCGGGACAUCAUUCCUCGCUUUGAGAGCUCGGAGGUCAGAGAAAGAGUGGAGGCGAUGUUCACCAACGAGGUCGAGGAUAUUAUCCCCGAAGACGACUAUCUCCUGUACACCAGCAUCCAGGAUCAGUUUUACGGAGAGGCAGAAGCGCCGGUCUCCAGGCCCGAUAUCGAGCUAUCAAGGAAGCAGGCAGAAGCGGUCUUGAAUUUGCUCAAUCUCGUCCAGAAGGGCGUUCAAGGCAGAUUCAAGCCUUUCUCGUCAUCCGCUGUCAGUGAAGACCAGCUAGACACAAUGAUGGAGAUUUUGGGUGAAGAGGCGCAGGAGUCCCAAUUGAAGCCAUUCCUGAGGGACAGCAUUUGGUCCGAGGAUGUUACAAAGGUUCGGUUCACGGUCGAACGUAUCUCGAGGACGGACGCUUCGGACAGGGACCGCAUCUACGAGGAUUACGCAUUUGAGGAGGGCGAGCCCGAGAGUGGCUCCGAGGAUCCGAUGAGCGAGUGUGGGAAUGAGUGA